AUGCAAGCAGAAUGUUAUUGUCAAUACUGCACAAGGGAUGCCCGAACGAAAACUUCAUGGAGGGCAUCUCCCGCAACAUAUACUAUGGGUGCAAACCUACAGCUGCGGAGCGAUGGCAAUUGCCCUAUAAUAAUUAUAGUCCGCAGCUCAGGGAGCACAGCGCCGCUGGAUUCAUACUUUCGAUCACAUCUGGGACGCCAAACUCACGUUAAUAGGCCUACUUUUGGAGGGACGAUACCUAUGCAAAUCUCGACGAGAGGAGGCCGAUUUUCGUCCCUUACAACAAACAUCACUCCCGUCCCAUCAAGCAAUCGACUCAACCCCAGCCAAAUCCGCUAUCGCUUCUUCCGUUGCCCGGCUUCCUUGAGCAUAGCGAGCGCCGGCGACACCGCUUUCCCAACCUCCUCAACCUUCCUCACCGGCGACUGCAUCCGCUCCCCCGUCCACAUGCCAGUCGCGACCAUCUGCGCAUCUUCAGCCUCGAACGCGGCCAGUAGAACCGCCGCCCGCCCAACAUUGCGGCUGGGCUGCUCCAGCCAAGUGGCGACGGCCACCUGCAGUCGUUCCCUAACCACGUACGCGGUACUCGCCGUCUCGUGCAGCGUAGCAACGAUGCCCUGCUUAUCCUUCAAGUCAGACUCUAGGCCUUCCACGACCUCGCCCAUCAGCUCCGCCCACCGCGAGACCGGGGUCACCCGCGCGUUUGCCGCUUCGCCCGCCCUGCCGCGGGCCGUCGCCACGGUCUGCUGCGCCUGCUUCGCCCCGCGCAGCGCCGCGCUCAGGCGCGCGAGGCACUUCCGUAGCCAUUUCAUGCUCUCCGUCGCCGCAUUGUGCAGCGCCGAGAGCUGCCCGACGACCGGCGGGGACGACCCGCUGUGGAGUGUCGCGUCGGAUAGCGUCACCAAUAGGUUGCUCACGGCUUGCGCGUGGGCGGCCCCAGAGGUUGAGGCCGUCGUCCACGCGGUGUCAGCUUGCGAUAGACUGCGGAGAAAGGCGUGCAGCGUCGCAGGGGGUACAAACAACCCCUCCGACCACAGGUCAUCGCCCCCUCACUCUUUCGCCAGGUGCAAGGUUUGCAAUAUCCUUCCCACCAUGGACAGCGCAUCCGCCGUCCGCUACCUCCAGCCCCGUCCCUUUGUAAUCGCUCUAGCCGCGGGUGCGGCCACGCUAGGCGAAGUCGGGGUCCGAGCCUACCCUCUCCUCUAUGCGCUAGUCGCUGACGAGGUAGGCACUCCCCACGCCGUCGACCACCCCCCACUUUCCUCUCCCACUGCGAAAUCCUUUAGCGACAUCCUCUCUGUCAUCCACCGAAUCGGCUUCCGUCCCGACCCACACAUUGCGCAGCAUCACGCGCUCCGACUCCCCGCUGCUAGAAUCACUACUCUUGAGCAGGUUCUGCGCGUCGUCCUAGAUGCAGUGCUCCGCUCCCCGGACGGGCUGCAGAAGGCCGUCCAACUCAUGGAUGUCAACGCCGAUCCGGAUAUUCGCAGGCGAUACGAGCGCGAUGGCGUCAUUGCGUGCUUUUUGAGAAAGGUUAGCGUCGCCUUUGCAUCGCUCGCUUUCGAUGCUCUUUCAAGAUUGCUCCAUGACCUGCGCUUGUUCGUCCAUCCGAACCCGGCCGCGACUAUACCGUCGUAUACUGCGCGUGCUACUUUACCGGCGCCGCAUGUCUCUCGGCAGGCCGCGCUGGAUUUAGCGAAAGGAUUGCCCAUCCAGUCUGAGGCGGAAUUGAACGCUUUCGCAGAUCUGUUUGUCGAAUCUAGGAAGCCUGUCGCAGCUACGAAUUUGGCGAUGCAAUCGCUUCCAAACCUCGGGACGGAACGUCGCUCACAAAUGACAUUGCCGUCGAUCGAUUAUGUAAUGCAGCUUGAAUCUCAACGACAAAAGGAUCUUGUCACAGCCGUAGAUGCGCUUCAUCGCUACUACGAUCUAUCUUUAUCUGAAAUAGGCUACGAGAGCGCCAGGGCAAACGCUAAUCGGGCCGUCGCGAGGAUAGACGGGCAGACAGGUGACAGAAGUGGAAUUUUUGAUGCUCAGGGGCACCAGUACGCGGCGUUGUCGCUUGGCGUGUUGCACGCACACUUUGGCAAUCCAGAGUACGCUUCUGUGGCGCUCGACGACACGAUUCGCGCGGCGCAGCACUGCAAUGACGACGCCUGCCAGGCCAAGGCGCUGAGCUGGAUUGCGCGGACGUCUUCCUCUGUGGCGCGGCGGCAUCAGUUGCUGCGGCAUGGGAAUGACCAGCUCGCGCUUGCCAAGGAGGAAGUGUCCGCCGUCUUCACGCCCGUGUCAGACGGGGUGCCCGACUCUGUGAACCUGCAUUCCAUGCGGACGAGUGGGGCGAAAGCGAUUAGGACCGGGACGACGGAAGGUCGGAUUGCAGCGGGGCGCAUUGCUCGAAUCCAAGAGCGGAUUAACUAUCGCAGGCCCGAGACGCGUGUGGACAGUCUGCUCGUAAGCGCCGCAGCGUGGGAAUCGCAUGCGGCAGUUCCCGCAGCGCUUUCGGUGGCGAAAAUGGCGCUUUCCUACGCUGAACGAGAAGAGCAAGGACGUCUGAGCUCAAGCAAGUCGCGAGCGCUUGCAGCAGUAGCGUCGCUAUCAGCGCUGGAAGGCGACUUCCAGGGGGCAAAACGGAUGCUGGAAAAGGCGAUCAAGGUUGAAAACAAGCAACGCAAGUCUACCGGAGCGGCAAGCAAGCCCGAGCUGGAACUUCUCUCAACCUGCCUCCUCUGGCUGGAGUUCCAACACAGCCUCUCCGAAGGCGACACGGUGACGGCUCGCAAGCGAUCCGAAACGCUGACAGGGCUGUCUGAAAGCUGCAAAGUCGACACGAUAGGACCCCUAGGCGAAGACCUCGCUCUCGACGCACUGGAAGCGCGUUGCCUUGUGCAUCUCGCAUGCCAAGGCUUGCAAGCCGCGGCCAAGGAGGCGGAGGCUCUCUGCCGGCGCGCGGCCUCUCUCGCGCGUCCGGGGCGCGUAGUGGAGGGUCUGCGUCUCCGGGCCGAGGCGCACCUGCUCGGCGACAGCUACCACGCGGCGCUUCCCGCGGUGCUGGCGGCAGUAUCACUGAGCCAGGGCCUGGGGCUGGAGGGCGCGCACGUGGCGAGCGUCCUGACGCUGACGGAGACGCUGCUGCGCAUGCAGGAGCACGAGCCCGCAACGUGCGGGCCGCAGGCGCUGCGCGCGCUGCAGCCCGUGCUGGCCAAGGCCGCGGGCGGGAUGGGGCUGGGCGUGCGCGCGCGCGCGUGCCGCUUGCACGCGGAGUGCCUCAUGGCCGUGGCGGCCGCCGCGGGGCGGGCGCCCGAGGCAGAGGUGGUGCGCCUGCUCAGCGAGGCGCACGCGAUGGGCGGCGCCGAGACGGAGAUGUGCUUGUACUUGCUGGCGAGAUGCCAUGAGUGGAGAGGCGAGCGAAAGGAGAGGAACGCCGCCGCAAGAGGGCUGAGGAUGGAGGAGAGGAGGCGGGCGAGGAGACGGGCGUAUUUAACCCCCCCUUCCACCUCCCCCUCCCCCUCCCCCUCCCCCUCCCCCUCUCCCCCGCACCCAGAAACAUUUCUCCUCAAGGACCUCGACACCGGAAUGCGCAGCUACGUCACCGACCAAGAGUGGGUCGAGAAGCCCCCGCCAUGCCCGCAGCUGCGGCCCCCGCGCGGAAAGCCUCCCGUUAUGCCCCCGCUGGACGCGCGUACGCGCCGUCCCCCCGCCUCCAGCCGCACCCGCUCCGACGAGCUCCAGGCCGCCACCCGCACGCUCCGCUCCUCCGACUUCGUGCGCGUAGUCGCCCACAAGAAGAGGGAGCGCGAUUUUGCCACCUUGUACCGUUGGCAGAAGGUGCGCGCCCACGUCGGCCCCAUACGCGUCAUCGAGUUCAAUAAGUCCGGCAGGUACUUGGCCACGGCCGGCCAGGACGGCCUGAUAAAGAUCUGGGACAUCGACGCCAGGUUGGAGGAUAACCGCGCCAACAUCGUCAAGAGCGCCGAGGCCACCGGCGCCAUGCGCAUGCAUGCCGCCUUCAUGUACAUCCGCAAGGGCGCCCCGCUGGCCACCUUUCGCGGCCAUCGCUCGGCCGUCCUGGCCCUGAGCUGGAGCAAGAACGACUUUUUGCUGUCGGGCGGAGCGGAUAAGUCCAUUCGCCUGUGGCAUCCGCGCGCCAAGGCCUGCCUGCGCGAGCUGUGGAGCAGCGACAUCGUCACGUGCGUGGCGUUUCACCCCACCGAUGAGCAGAUUUGCAUCUCGGGCGAGGCGGGGGGCGUCGCUAACAUGUGGCACUUGAGGGAGAGUAAGCGGCUCAGCUCGGCGGACACGGAUGAUAUUAUCACCGCGUGCGCCAUCACGCCGGAUGGCACUACGGCGUUAUUGGGGACUUAUCGUGGCCGAUGUAAGUUCUAUGCGCUGUUUGAUGAAAUCCAGGGCGAGUGGCAGUUUAAGCACACCACCCAGCUGGACGUGCGUUCGCGACGCGCCAAGAACGCGCUGGGGAAGAAGAUAUGCGGGUUCCGGUUUAUGGGCAAGAGCGACAAGGUGAUGAUCUCGUCGAACGACUCGCGGCUGCGCUUGUACCGGCUGGACGACAAGUCGGUGUUGUCCAAGUUUCUGGGGCAUCAGAACGCCGAGUCGCGGUUCAACGCGUCGUUCGCGCCGGGGCAGCGGUACGUGUUGUCGGGCGGGGAGAGCCGCAGCGUGUACAUCUGGGAGGUGGAUGAUUCGCUGAAAAGGAGAAGUUGA